UCUGUCAUUCGAAGGAUGCUCUGUUUUACAGAAAGAACAUAGACCCCUCAAACUAUACAUCCACGUGUUCAGAAUUUCAUUGGCUAAGCGUCUGUAGCGUUAUUUUUAUUCUGUGAGCUGAUAGGUUGGAUCUGUUGUCAUCAGAAUGUGGGCAGGAGCUUGUGCUAGUCUGUGACACUCAUUGGCUAUUCCUUGCUACAGACAGCCGUCACAGUGUCCCAGUUGGUCAAGUUAGGUGUCAAUCAAAGCCUAAGACCCGGAACUUCCGAUUUGGAGCAAAAUGGAGGCUCUAUCGGCAGCUAUACAGCUAACAGGAGGCAAUAAACAGUGUUUACGUUUUUUCAAGAAAAGUUUAGGCUCUGUUUUUGGUGCCCUUGUGGAUACGACUCGUGUUUUGACCUCAUGGAUGUAUUGGAUUAUAUUCACUGGACUGUUACGGACAGAAUGAUGCCAAAUUUGUGGAGAAUUAUGAAGAUUUGGAGUCCAGACGAGCGGUCGAAGGAGUUUGCUGCACUGACCAAGGAGCUGAAUGCCUGCAGGGAGCAGCUGCUGGAGAAGGAGGAAGAGAUCUCUGAGCUCAAAGCUGAGAGAAACAACACCAGGUUACUGCUGGAACAUCUGGAGUGCCUGGUCUCCAGACAUGAGCGGUCACUUCGUAUGACUGUGGUCAAGAGGCAGGCCCAGUCUCCUUCAGGAGUCUCCAGUGAGGUUGAAGUCCUUAAAGCACUCAAGUCCUUGUUUGAACACCAUAAAGCCCUCGAUGAGAAGGUAAGAGAGAGACUACGAGUGUCACUGGAGAGGGUGUCCGCCUUGGAGGAGGAGCUCACAGCAGCCAAUCAGGAGAUUGUGGCCUUACGGGAACAGAAUGCUCACAUCCAGAGAAAAGUGGCAUCAGGUGAGGGGGGAGAGGACAUACUGGAGGGCAGUGAAGCUCAGCAGAAGGUCCAUGGCAAGCGUCUGUCCAACGGCUCUCUAGAGCCGGCCCAUGAGGCGAGUCAGGUGGUCGAGCUGCAGGACCUGCUGGAGAAGCAGAACUAUGAGUUGGCCCAGAUGAAGGAGCGCAUGUCCUCCCUCUCCUCCCGGGUUUCCGAGGUGGAGCAGGAGCUGGAGACCGCCCGCAAGGACCUCAUCAAGUCAGAGGAGAUGAACAACAAAUACCAGAGGGACAUCAAAGAGGCCAUGUGUCAGAAAGAAGACAUGGAGGAACGGAUCGUCACGCUGGAGAAACGCUACCUGAGUGCCCAGCGAGAAGCCACCUCUGUGCAUGACAUCAAUGACAAGCUGGAGAACGAGUUAGCCAAUAAGGAGGCAUUCCUCAGACAGAUGGAGGAGAAGAACAGGCAGCUACAAGAGAGAUUGGAGCUUGCAGAGCAGAAGCUCCAGCAAACUAUGAGGAAGGCUGAGACACUCCCGGAGGUAGAGGCCGAACUGGCCCAGAGGAUAGCAGCUCUCACCAAGGCGGAAGAGCGUCAUGGGAGCAUUGAGGAGCGAAUGAGGCACUUGGAAUGCCAGCUGGAGGAGAAGAACCAGGAGCUGCUGAGGGCUCGGCAGAGAGAAAAGAUGAAUGAAGAGCACAAUAAGCGACUCUCAGACACAGUGGACAGACUCCUCACAGAGUCCAACGAGCGACUUCAGCUCCACCUGAAAGAGAGGAUGGCAGCUCUAGAAGAGAAGAAUAUGUUAAUUCAAGAUUCGGAUACUUACAGAAAACAGUAUGAGGAGUCAAUCCAAGAAAAAUCGCAGCUGGCAGAGGAGAUUGAGAAACUGAGAUCAGAGCUCGACCAAUUCAGAUUAAGGGCAGGCUCCCUCACAGAACCCACGCUGUCACGAUCCCAUCUGGACACAUCAGCUGAGCUUCGAUUCUCUUUGGGAUCUCUGGCCGAAACCCAGUCAGACCACUACCGCUCAGCAAAGGUCAUCCGCCGGCCAAGGAGAGGUCGAAUAGGUCUGCGAGAAACCAAGGCAAAGUCACUGGGGGAGCCUGAAUGGCGCUCACAGCAGUUGGGGGUCCUGGGAGGUCACCACUUCGAGAGCGACACAGAAAUGUCUGACAUUGACGACGACGACAGGGAGACGUUGUUCAGCUCCAUGGACCUACUGUCUCCCAGCGGUCACUCUGAUGCACAAACUCUGGCCAUGAUGCUUCAGGAGCAGCUGGACGCAAUCAACAAGGAGAUCCGGCUAAUACAGGAAGAGAAGGAGUCAACAGAGCUGCGGGCAGAGGAGAUAGAGAAUCGGGUGGCCAGCGUUAGCCUUGAGGGCCUAAACCUGGCUCGAAUGCACCACCACGGAGCCUCCAUCACUGCCUCAGCCACCGCCUCCUCACUGGCCUCCUCUUCCCCGCCCAGCGGACACUCCACACCUAAGCUCGACCCUCGAAGCCCUGCCCGUGACAUGGAGCGCAUGGGGGUCAUGACACUGCCCAGUGAUUUGAGGAAACACAGGAGAAAGAUAGCAGCAGUGGAUGAGGAUGGCCGCGAGGACAAGGCCACCAUUAAGUGUGAGACAUCUCCCCCUCCGACGCCACGCACUGUCCGAAUGACACACACACUGCCAGCCUCCUCGCACAAUGAUGCACGAGGGAUUGUGGCUUCUUUAGAGGCUGAAGCUAGUGCCCUAAGUAGUGUAGCCAGCAGCCAGGACUCCCUCCACAAACAGCCAAAGAAGAAGGGCAUUAAAUCGUCCAUCGGACGGCUAUUUGGCAAGAAGGAAAAAGGCCGACUGGCACACCUAGCACACAGACAGGUCAUGGUAGAUCCACAAGCAACUAUGAUGGAUUCAGACAUGGCAGGCCAGGACAUGGGGGUGAGCAAGUUGGGAACUCAGGCCGAGAAGGACCGCAGAUUGAAAAAGAACGGACACGAGCUGCUAGAGGAGGCUAGGAGAAAGGGUUUACCUUUCGCCCAAUGGGACGGCCCUACAGUCGUUGCAUGGCUAGAGUUGUGGUUGGGGAUGCCGGCCUGGUACGUGGCAGCGUGCCGUGCCAAUGUGAAGAGCGGGGCCAUCAUGUCGGCCCUGUCUGACACCGAGAUCCAGAGGGAGAUCGGAAUCAGCAACCCUCUGCACCGCCUCAAACUUCGCUUGGCCAUCCAAGAAAUGGUCUCCCUCACCAGCCCCUCGGCCCCACCCACCUCCAGAACCCCAUCAGGCAAUGUAUGGGUGACCCAUGAGGAGAUGGAGACCCUGGCAGCCCCUUCCAAAACGAAGUCAGAGUCUGAAGAGGGGAGCUGGGCACAGACUCUCGCUUAUGGUGACAUGAACCAUGAGUGGAUAGGAAACGAGUGGCUGCCCAGUCUAGGACUACCUCAGUACCGCAGCUACUUCAUGGAGUGCCUCGUGGAUGCCCGCAUGCUGGACCACCUCACAAAGAAGGACCUGAGGGUGCACCUUAAAAUGGUGGACAGCUUCCACAGAACAAGUUUACAGUACGGGAUCAUGUGUCUGAAGAAGCUCAACUAUGACAGGAAGGAACUGGAGAGACGCAGGGAGCAAAGCCAGCAUGAAAUGAGAGAUGUUCUGGUCUGGAGUAAUGAGCGGGUCAUCCGCUGGGUGCAGAGUAUAGGCCUGAGGGACUAUGCCAACAUCCUGCUGGAGAGCGGUGUGCACGGAGCUCUGGUCGCCCUGGAUGACAACUUUGACUACAGCAGCCUGGCGCUGCUCCUCCAGAUUCCCACACAAAACACUCAGGCACGUCAGAUUCUGGAGAGAGAGUACAAUAAUCUGCUGGCGCUGGGCACUGACAGGAGACUGGAUGAGUGCGAUGACAAAGAUUUUCGAGGCCCAUCGUGGCGGAGGCAGUUCCCUCCCCGGGACAUCCACGGUAUCAGUAUGAUGCCUGGAUCAGCAGAAACGCUCCCUGCUGGAUUCCGUCUCACCGCAACGUCCGGUCACUCCAGAAGACUGCCCCCUGAGGUCCUCUAUGAGGCGCUGGAUGACAGUCCUGACGACAUGUAUUUGGAUUGGUUUCAAGUUGGACCAUCUGCGGUGCAGCGACUGGAUAGCUCCACGGUACAGUUCUGAAAGGAGACUAAUUAGUGGAGCUGCUGGACGGGUGAAGCCUGCUGAGGAGCGAAUCAUUCUGAUGACACGCACUGCCAAGAAGCCCUGCUCUCCUCUCCAGUCCCCUCACCCCCACAACCCCUCCCUGUCCCCUAUAAAGUGGGCACCAGACACCGGUGCUAAACUGUCCUGCAGGUUGCCCCGUUGUCCUCAUUUCUACCUUUUACAUGUACAGUAACUUGUCAAAGCAUAAUGUACUGUGUAUUUCUUCUACAGGAGAUGUGUAGGUUAUCUGUAAAUUAAUAUAAAUAUGCCAUUUUUAAUAUAUACACACACAUCUAUGUAUAAAAAGAUAUUCAGUUUGUGCAAAAAAAACAAUGUCCCUGCCACCUCAUUUAGUGGACCAUAGAUUAAUAUAUGCUGCUCUUAAAACAUAUUUCCCCAUCCCUCUAGAUCAUUUUGUACAUAUGGUUUUAUUUUUUCAUUGUGCUGCUGCUGCUGCUGAUAAUGACGAUGCUGAUGAUCCUGUGCUGCACCAUAAAGACAGAAAGGAAGAGACUGGAUGUUGUGGUGAAACAUGCCCCCUAGUGGUGCACAGAAAGAAAAAAAAAAACACAGCCCUUCUUGGCCCCAUUCUGGCAACUUCAUGAUCCUUUCUUAUGGACUCAUAAAAAUGAGCAUUUUAAGAGGAUGUGUUGACAGGCAGGAACAACAUGACAAGCACUUUCUUAAAAACCGCAUCAACUCAACGGACUAUUUAGUAGCCAAGGACACAAAAUAAACAAGAGACGCCGAUGCUCUCUGAAGUCGCACAAAAACCUCCUCUCAGAGAACAAGAAAAAAACAACAAAAAAAGGCAGUACGUCAUUCAUAGAACAUGUCACUUGUUGUACUGUAUGUCUCGUCAGGCGACGCAUUUACACGAAAGGACAAGUACACUUUCAGCCGAGCUGGCCUUCUCCCCCCCUCCCUCCUCCCUCCCUUCUUUCAGACACUAACAGAUUAAAUGAAAUAACUGAAAGACAGACCGCUUUAGCUCAUAG